AUGGACUGCCGCGGCAACAACCUGGUCGAGGUGAUUCCUGUAGCAAGGGCAGGGGCAGGGGCGGAUGGCAGCCAUGGCGCUAGCAGCAGCAGCAGGAGCAGCAGCAGCAGGGGCCGUCGUCUUGUGAUGGAGACCAUCCAUCACAAGACGGAGCGCUUUAACAAGGAUGAGGCCCUGAGAAUUGUGCUCCCUUCGACGCUCUCCCAGCACAUCCGGACUUACACAGAGUAUGCCCGGCCAGCGCUCCUCAACAUGAAUCCCAGCAUUGACGAUGCCAGCAAGGAGCCUCCCUUCCUGUUCCUUGACAGGAAGGGCAGGCCGGUUGCAGGUGUCGACGCCCCAUUCACGGACGAAUGGAAGCUUAUUCAAAGGAAGUAUGGUGCACCCUGGCCGACAGUAUUCUGCCCCAUGAAAUUUAGGCACCUCCAUGCCACUGUGAGGUUCAAAGACCUGGUGGACAAUGUGGCAGACCAGGAGGAGGAAGCCCUCGCAGGGGAUGCACUCGUCAUGGGAAAUUCUGUUGCUGUCUGGCGCCGCCACUACAUAAAGGGUCGUGACAGCAUCGAAGCGGAGGAGGCUGAGGAGGCUGAGGAGGCUGAGGAAGCGGAGGAGGCUGAGGAGGCUGAGGAGGCUGAGGAGGCUGAGGAGGCUGAGGAAGCGGAGGAGGCUGAGGAGGCGGAGGAGGCGGAGGAGGCAGAGGAGGCGGCGGAGGUGGCGGAGGAGGACAACGAUGACAAGGAGGAAGUGCAGCUGCCACUGCAGCAGCAGCACAGGCAGCCAGCCAACAACAGCUGCAGCAGUGGCCAUGGCAACAUCAACGGCAGGCAAUUGAUGUGCCCACCCUUGCUGCUGCCACGACGACUGCCAGUGCAGCAGCCACCACAGCUGUUGAGGCUUGGCAAGCGCUGCCACAGUUGCAACGAAACUCCAGGCAAGCGACCACACCUCGG